AGGAGAGAGAGAGGGGCGCAGAUGGAGAUGGAGGAGGAUGUGAUCAGAAUGCUUAUAAACUGGAACAAUAUGUGAAAGCAUUUGAAUAUUUCUGGUAUUUUCGUGCUCAGCGACUGUUUGUAAGCGUUUCGUUGUAUGUUUUCGUAACUAAACAUCGAAAGGCUUGAAUAGUAGGCUAAGUAAGACGAUUGUGUGCGAUAGGAUGCUCAAGCGAGAAACCGAAUGGGUGGAUUUCAACACGCGACUCCGCCGUAUGUUGUAGAGAAAGAUCUUGAUAUAGGUGGUGUGAUCAAAAGAAGAGGGAUUCUCUCUUGCAUGGAUAUGUUUUGAGAGGUGUGGUGGCGGGAUGAAGGCGGUGUUGACAUCCAGACGGCAGCGGCUCUUCUAUCGACUGUGUAUAUGUGCUGUCUGGCUCAUCGUGGUCACCUGCUUUGCUCAAAUUCUUCAUGUAACAGCCCAUUCCAAAGAGGAUUCGGACCUCAUCUGGUCCCGGCGUAAAUUAACCCAGCAUGGCAUAGAGGAGAACCAGACAUCAAGCACACCUCGAGCUGCUAUCCAUGAAUUUCCUCAAGACAUCUUCACUAAGACACAGAGGAGGCAUGGAGCAAUUCUACUGCAUAUGUUUUGUGCAGUUUACAUGUUCUAUGCUCUUGCUAUUGUCUGUGACGUCUACUUUGUACCUUCUCUGGAAAGAAUCUGUGAGAACUUGCAACUUAGUGAAGAUGUUGCAGGUGCCACCUUCAUGGCAGCAGGCAGCUCCGCCCCUGAGCUUUUCACAUCUUUGAUUGGUGUAUUCAUCACCAAGGGAGAUCUUGGGGUGGGAACUAUUGUGGGAUCAGCUGUCUUCAACAUUCUGGUCAUUAUCGGUGUGUGUGGCAUAUUUUCUGGACAGACAAUCUCUCUGACAUGGUGGCCGCUCUUCCGGGACUCUUCAUACUAUAUCCUGUCUGUGUUGGCUUUGAUUCUGAUCAUAUAUGAUGAAAAAGUAAUCUGGUGGGAGACGAUACUCCUCAUAUCAAUGUAUGGAGUUUAUAUCCUGAUCAUGAAGUUUAACAGUCAGAUCUGGGGCUGGGUGGAGCGGAGGUUUGGCAUACCAGGACAGCCAUGUUUGGUGAGCAGUCUGCGCAGAGACGUGUCUGUAGGAGAGGCAAGCCCACACUGCGACACCUCCAUGAUCCUCUUGAAGAAAGAUCAGAAUACAGGUGGCCAGGACUCCCCGGUGGUGAUGGUGGAUGAGCUGAUGAGUCUACACCCUCACCAGUUCUCUUUCUCAGAGGCAAGCCUUCGUGUCAUGAUCACGCCCCACUUCUCCCCCCGCACUCGCCUCAGCAUGGCAGGACGCAUGCUCAUCACUGAGAGACAGAGGCUGAUUCGAAACAGGAGCCCUGGAGACAGCAGUGGCAGUGGAGCAGGGGACACUUCUGGCCAAGAUGGCUUGCAAACGGAAGGGGUUCCUUGGGGUCUGGAGAACGGAGGGACCAUUGAGAGUGAAACGCAGCCUCUGGAGGAACUCAGUCCGAAGGGUCCGGGAGGGGAACUAGAGAGGAUAGGGAACAUGGAGGACACACAACCGAAAGAUGAUGAGGAAGAGGAGGAUGAAGACGCAGAUGAAGAACAGCACUUUAGGCCUUUUACAAUUCCAGAGGGGCGCUGGGAACAAGGGAAGUGGUUGUUUUCAUGGCCCUUGGGAUGUCUGCUGUACUACACUGUGCCCAACUGCAUUUUACCUCGCUGGGAGCGCUGGUUCAUGGUUACGUUUGUGGGCUCCACACUCUGGAUUGCCAUCUUCUCCUACCUCAUGGUGUGGAUGGUCACCAUUAUCAGUUUCACUUUGGACAUUCCAGAUGUUAUCAUGGGUAUUACAUUUUUAGCAGCAGGCACCAGUGUUCCAGACUGCAUGGCUAGUCUGAUAGUAGCUCGGCAAGGAAUGGGAGACAUGGCAGUGUCCAACUCUAUCGGAAGCAACAUCUUUGACAUUCUGUUGGGUCUUGGUUUCCCAUGGGCUUUGCGAACGUUAGUGGUUGAUUAUGGAUCAAUUGUCUUUAUUAACAGUAGGGGGCUGGUAUACUCAGUGAUUCUACUGCUUGCUUCUGUUUUUCUCACCGUACUGAGCGUACACCUCAAUCACUGGAGGCUGGAUCGGAGGUUAGGCCUCUGGCUUAUGUUCCUGUAUUCCAUCUUCCUGCUCUGCUCCAUCUGCUUUGAGAAACUAUAGAUUUCACUAUUCAUAUUGUAGUGUGGCUCUGGACCCAAAUAUCCAUAUUUGUUCUCCCCAGUCACUGCAUUAUUACUAGCAGUUAUUUUAGCUUGAGGGCAGGCUUGUGAACGUUACUAUCUGUUCUAAGUUUUCAGCCAAUCAUCUGAGGCCAAACUCAAGGAGACUAUUGCUAAAUGUACCUCUGAAACAUUUCUACUUAACAUAUACAAAAAUCUAUUUCAAGGUUUAUUUAAGGUGCAUUAAAUGUUUACAGCACACAGGACGCGUUCUGCGUCACAUUUUGCAUAUUUCUAUUCUGAAAUCUAUCAAGCAUGUUAUAAACAAAGAAAUGAUUGCAAAAAAUUGAAAAGAGUUUAAGAAGAGUUCUAUUAACUCUUGUAACAGUCUAAACACAUGUAAUUUUUGCAUUAUUUGCCCUAUUUAUUUUUGUCGUCCGGUCUGUAAAAAUAGUGCUCUAGGAUUUUUUGAGUGUAUUUAAGAUGAAUUCUUGUGUUUUUCCUUAAAAAAUAAAAUAUUGGUAUUUUGAAGAAGAAUUGUUGUAGUAUUAUGGAUUAUCCAAAAAAAUCCCUUGUAUUUGGUAGCUACAGUAUUUACAUACCAAACAUACAUAGUUUUAUAUAAAGUGCCACUUUUAGAGUUGUGUAAUUCACAGUUUGACAUGUAAUAUUAGAUCAUUUUGUGCACCCCCUCAUGUUCUUGGCAAUGCAGGAAUAUUGAAUUCCAUCAUUCAACAAUUUAUUGUACACUGGCAUUUUAUAAUUUAUUUAAUAUAAGUUCCACAAUAGGAAUGAAUGACACCUACUGUACUAGCAGAACAAACACCUUGACUGUUUUUUGCACCGAAUUGGGCUCUCGUGAUAUCAGAUUUGCACUCCAUAUUGUUACCAAAAUAAUUUGCUAUAGCGAUAUUAUCACAAUAUAUAGUCAAAUUUUUUUUUUUUUAAGAAAUAAGCGAUGCUAUUAGUCAAAUUCAGCUUUAAUUUUAUUCAUUUCAUGAUUUUUCUCUUUAAUGAAUCACACUUAAAAUACGAGUAGCUAUAGAUAGGCUGAGAGAGUUUGGAACCAUUGUGGCUCUUAAUACAAAAAAAUCACGAUAUUACAAUAUGUGUAGAAUUAAAACAGUAACAAUAAUUGUUAUUGGCAGUACUGGUAUAUUGUGACAGCCCUAUAGCACCAAAUGAAACAAAAUCGAUUGGAAUCUAAUUGGAUUUAAAUUGUUGUUAUUAAUAUUAUUAUUAUUUUAUUAAAUAAAUGGAAGGAAAAUCCUACAUUGUAUUUUGUGGGAUAGGUAAUGAUACAUGUUUUGAAACUGAAAUAUUAUUGGGUAAUUUUAGGCCAGAAAUACAGCAGUGUUUUAAUUGUUGUAAAGUUAUAUUUACAGUUAUAUUAAUGAUUCAAAUGCUCUCGUUUUGCUGUGUAUUUAAUUUUUUUCUUACAGAUAGUCCAAAUUCUUAUGGAUUUGCAGUAUUACUCAUAUAAUCAAAUCCAACCCCUUUCAUUUUUCCCCUCCAGACAUGUAAUUUUACUUUUUAAAUGAUUUAAAUGUUAAAACGACAUAAUUUAUGAUGAGAAAUAUGCGUUGAUUAAAUUGUUGUAAGAAAUAAAUAGUAAAUGUGUGGGUGAACUGAAUGUUUCAGUUUUCUGUUUACUUUAGAACUCAUGUUGAAGCAACUCAAUGAAUCAUUAUUAGCUCACCAUUUGUUAAACUUCUGUCUUUAUUCAUAAAGAUAUUUGUAUGUUGUCAAGUGCAAUAAAACAAGGUCUGUGCAA